AUGGCCCAACGAACUCCCGUUCCCCGCUCGCGCACUUUCACCGGCUGUGGCACUUGCCGCGCUAGACACCUCAAGUGCGACGAAGCCCGUCCCGUCUGCAACUCAUGUCGCCGCAAUAACCUGCCAUGCCAGGGCUAUGCCGCCCAGCUGCUCUGGAUGCCUGACAGCAAUGGCUCUGACAAACUGGACCAGCCUGCAGCCAUGUUCCGCCGCACCCUCUUCAACGAAAGCGACCGCAGCCAGAUGAGCCUCGAACUGCAGCAGAGCACUGGCGGCCGCCCGGCCAUGGAUCUGCUCCUCCACCUGGAUCUGGAGUCGGAGCGCCUCGAGCGUCGUGACGUCGACGCAAGCGUCACCGUCGGCCCUUUCCACGCCUUCAGGGUUUUCGACCCGCCGCCACGAGCACAGCCCCCGAACGGCUCGCCGCCAACCUCCGACGGCUCUGAUCACGUGAUUGAAGAGGUGCCGCCUCAUGAUCCUUCCCUCUUGGAUUGUGACGUCGAUGACAUCUUGAACAUCUAUCCUACAGAACAUGACGAUCCAGUCUUGUUUAUGGCACAGCCAUCCCCCAGCCAGCAAUUUCCCCAGCUGGAAAUGCCACUGCCAGUUGAUACGGCAGUUGAUCACGACAGUAGCAUGAUGGCCAUCGAGUCUUUCGCUCACCAGCUGACAAUACCUCCGUCCAUGCCUCAGGGCGGAGCCUCCCGCGAGCAUGCUCUGCCCGCUGAUGCUUCGUUCAUUCUCCGGUACUGUAGGGCAACCACUAACACCUCAACAUACCGUACCCGCGUGUCACCGUGGGAAAAGUCUUUCAUGCCCUGUGCCGUCGAAACAUUUGGCGAGCUCACACUGUGGAACACCACCUCAUGUGCCCGUUUCACCGUCUUUUAUGCUGUCUUGGCUGCCACUGCCUUCCGCAUCCAUCGUUCCAACCGCAAUUCGAGUGAUUCGCAUUGGUUGAAUAGCGGCAAGGAGUACCAGCAGAUUGCAAAGAAGUUCUUGAAAGAGGCUCUGAUGACUGAAGUUGCUGGUCCAAGUCAGGGGAAAUACAACGAGUUACUUCUUGCUGUCCUAUCCAUGGCAACGGCCUCGGCAUUCUAUGAGCCCCGGGCUAUCCGAGUUCUCCUCCAUGACGCCGAGCGUCUCAUACGCCUCCGCGGUAUCCCUGAACCGCACAAGUCGUUCGAGCUGCGUCUGCUCCACCACAUGUACACGCAUAUUCGAAUCAUCGCGGAGAGCACUUGCGUGUGCUCUGAAUCCAUAAGCGGUCAAGGUAUUGGAAAUCGGCAGAACUACCAAGCUUCUGAAGACAUCUCCACUCUACGUGCAUUCCGCCUCACAGAGGACCGCUUGAAUACCCACCUCGAUCCUUCUCAAGAAAAACCCGCUCAACUCGGCUACAACGACAUACACCUGGAAAUGACGGGCAAAUGGAACAAAACAAUGUACCCAGAGAUGUAUGGUGUCCCAGAGUCCUUGAUGACGUGGCUAGCCCAGACAAUUUCUCUGGCAAACGACAAGAAGAGACUGGAGAGCAUUGCUGCCACCGACUGCCGAGUGUCGGCCGCCCUGGCUUGUCACACAAAAACUCUGGAGCAGAACAUCUGGAGUUGGUCGCCUUCGCCAGCUACUAGAGAUCGCAAUCCUAUGGCUCUCGCGCUGCAUGAAGUCCUUCUCCUGUACUUCUACCGUCGCAUUUACAACGUCAACGCCAUGAUAUUGCAGGAGUUUGUCCGCAAAACGUUCGAUCACUUGUUGUCGUGCGCCACGGAAGGUCUCUACGAUCAGGAUUUUGCCAUUCUCGUGUCCUGGUCGGUAUUCAUCGCUGCCUGCGAAGCAGCUACCCCAGAACUACAGGAAGAAGCCCGACGAUGUUUGUCCAUCGUCAAGGAAGGGAGCGUAUUCUUCGCCAGCGACAACAAGGCAGUGCCUUCAAAAGCCACCAAGUGGAUCGACGUCCACGACCCGGCGACGAACAAUGUCGUUACCCGCGUUCCCGAAAGCACCGACGAGGAACUUCGCGAAGCUGUCAAGAGCGCCGAGGCUGCAUUUCCAGCAUGGAGAGACACGACCAUUCUCCGGCGGCAACAGAUCAUGUUCAACUAUGUGCGGCUCAUCCGCGAGAACUGGGACCGUCUCGCGGCGUCGAUUACACUGGAGCAGGGAAAGACGUUUGCGGAUGCCCGAGGUGACGUCCUCCGAGGCCUGCAAGUGGCCGAGACAGCGUGCGGGAUAACCACACAGAUGUCCGGAGAGGUGCUGGAAGUGGCCAAGGAUAUGGAAACAAGGAGCUAUAGGGAGCCGCUCGGUGUUGUGGCAGCAAUCUGUCCUUUCAACUUCCCAGCCAUGAUCCCUCUUUGGUCGAUCCCUGGCGCCACAAUCACGGGUAACUGCAUCAUAGUCAAGCCGUCAGAGCGAGACCCGGGUGCCGCACUCAUCCUCGCCGAACUGGCCAAGGAAGCCGGCUUCCCUGAUGGCGUAGUCAACAUCAUUCAUGGCACGCACCGCGCUGUCAAUUUUAUCCUCGAUGAGCCUGCCAUCAAGGCUGUCAGCUUUGUUGGAGGGAACAAGGCGGGCGAAUACAUAUACACAAGGGCCUCGGCAAACGGCAAGCGCGUGCAAGCCAACCUCGGGGCAAAGAACCAUGCGGUCGUCCUCCCUGACAGCAACAAGAAUGACACAUUGAAUGCCAUUGCCGGCGCUGCAUUUGGAGCCGCCGGACAACGAUGCAUGGCUUUAAGCACUGUCAUUCUCACGGGCAAGGAAACGCAAGCUUGGCUGCCCGACCUUGUCGCCCGUGCAAAGGCACUCAAGGUCGACGGUGGCUUCGAGGAAGGCGCUGACCUCGGCCCCGUCAUCAGCCCGGAGAGCAAGGCCCGCAUCGAAGCGCUGAUCGCCAGCGCGGAGGCAGAAGGUGCGCGAGUGGUUCUGGACGGCCGGAACUACAAGCCCGCCAAGUACCCGAACGGGAACUUCGUCGCGCCGACCGUCAUCGCCGGCGUGAAGCCGCACAUGAAGUGCUACACGGAAGAGAUCUUCGGGCCGGUGUUGCUGGUCAUGGAGACCGAGAGCCUGGAUGAGGCAAUCGACCUGAUCAAUGCGAACCCCUUUGGCAACGGAGUGGCGUGCUUUACAAACUCGGGCCCCUCGGCCGAGUACUUCCGCAAGAAGAUCGAGGCCGGACAGGUGGGAAUCAACGUGCCCCUGCCCGUCCCGCUUCCCAUGUUUUCAUUCACGGGGAACAAGAAGAGCAUUGCGGGCGGCGGCAUCAGUACAUUCUACGGCAAGCCGGCUCUGAACUUCUACACGCAAACGAAGACGGUGACGGCUUUGUGGAAGAGCUCUGAUGCCAUCGCGACGAAGGCGGCUGUUGAGAUGCCGACGCAGAGCUGA